UGCGGCAUGCCAUUCUUUCUCCUCUUCUCCCUCCCUCUCCCCACAAACCAACACCUCUUCUUCCUUCCCCAAUAAACUUCCGUAUCCCUGAUGAAACAAACCCUCAUUUAUACCAUACCCAUUUCCCAAAAUGAACACAACCCUCCACCAAAUUACCCACCACAUGCGAAUCCAUGUCCAACACAACCUCCAACUUUCCAACGCUUUUUCCUCCCGCUUUCCUCUUCGGCGACCGGUCUUUAAUGUUCCCAUACGUCGUCGUUUCAGUAGUAAGACCAAUGGUGCAAAGGCUUCGGCCUCCUUGACCAAUAGCGGACCGAUCUGGUGGUAUUUGAGCAUGAUUAAAGCCAGACCUAUUCUUACUAAGAGCGUUACGUCUGCUGUUAUUUAUACUUUUGCUGAUUUGACAUCUCAGACAAUUACAAAGCAAUCAUCCGAAGCUUACGAUUUCGUAAGGACGUGCCGUAUGGCUGGAUACGCAAUGGUCGUAUUAGGUCCAUCACUACAUGUCUGGUUUAAUUUCGUGUCAAGAGUGUUACCUAAGCAGGACCUCGUCACGACUUUUAAAAAGAUGUUUAUGGGGCAGGCUAUCUUUGGACCUAUUAUGACUGCUUUAUUUUUCUCUGUGAAUGCAGCCCUGCAAGGCGAAAGUGGUAAGGAGAUUAUAGCUCGAUUAAAGAGAGAUAUGUUGCCCACAAUGACCAGUAACGUUAUUUACUGGCCGUUAUGUGAUUUCGUCACAUUCAGAUUCAUCCCUGUUCAUUUGCAGCCGCUAGUGAACAACGCGUUUUCAUAUGUAUGGACAAUUUAUAUCACAUACAUGGCUAGCUUAUCGAAAGCGGCACCAACUAAUUAAACAAGUCAUGACUUGAAGAUCCCACACACUGACAACAGUAUCAUGUAAAUGGAGAUGCAGCCAUCAUAACUGUAGUCACUAGGGUUCAAAUAUAUACAUUUGCUUACAAGUUAUUUCUUCUGAUUUAUGUUUUAACAUUCCAUAAGUUGAAAGAAUCAACUUUACAUUUUUAUCUUGUUAUUGUUAUAGUUUUUUUAUAUCUCAAGUUUUGUCAAAUUAUUA